AUGGCGUUUAUUGUUGAAUUGUGGGAAUCUAUUUUCACACCAGGAACUACACCAGCUUUGAUCAAGGCAACUCAUGCCUCCUUCAUUCUAUUGCUUGCAUCACUUGCUACAUUGAUAUAUUUGACAAAAUCAAUACAUUUUGUAAAUUUACUUGUCAUUGCAGUAUUGCUUUAUGGAACAGUUGUUUGGUUCAUAAAUGAACUCCAACAAGUCAAAUUGAAAGAUAAUGAGGAGUUGAAUGCUAAAAAGGGAGAAGAAGUGACGGGGAAGCAAAGCGUAAUGAGUUUUGCUAAUGCGUUUCAAAAAAUCAUUGACCAACCAAAGAAGUUUGACUCGGUUCUAUUCCAGGAUGAGAAUGUAGUUAUAAUCAAGGAUAUGUACCCCAAAUCCAUACGUCACUUACUUGUAAUACCUCGCCACCCUGAUGUAACGCACAAACACCCAUUGGAUGUUUUCAACACAAACUACAAGGAGCAUACGGGGGAAGAGUUGUAUGAUAUGGUUGGAGAAUACGUUGAAAAGGCCAAAGAUUUGAUUGCAAACAACUUGGCAGCAAAGUUAGGGAUCGCAGAAGCUGCUGAAAUCCAAGAAUUGAGGAAUAAAUUUAUCAAAGCCGGAGUUCACUCGAUCCCAUCACUAAACAAUUUGCACAUUCACGUAAUGACACAAGAUUUCCAUUCUCCGAGAUUGAAGAAUAAAAAGCACUACAAUUCAUUCACCACUGAGUUUUUUGUCAACUUUGAACUGUUGAAUCCCUUGUAUAAUGAAGCUUAUAAUCGAUUGAACAAUCGUUAUGACAAUGGUUUUGAUUCCGGGUCUGAAGCAUCUUCUACUAGUCUGCAGGACGAUGAUCAACCCGAGUUUGUGAAACACACACGAUCAGUUGCGGUGUUGGAAGAUAUAAUCAAGUCGACUCCUUUGAAAUGUUCAAUUUGUAGCAAAACGUUUGCAAAUUCAAUGGUGAGAUUAAAGGAACAUUUAAGUGAGGAGUUCAAGAUCAAGUUUGAGGCUCUUGGUAAUCCGGAAAAAAUAACAAUAAAUGAUUUCUAG